UAUUUGGGACACAGUUGUUGAUGGAAGAAUUCAUGUAUAAGUACAAAAUAAGAAGGGCAGUCUAAUCUUCGAGGAAAUGGCAGGAUUCCUAGACAACUUCCGGUGGCCAGAAUGUGAGUGUAUUGACUGGAGUGAAAGAAGAAAUACCAUCGCUUCAAUAGUUGCAGGUGUUCUGUUUUUCACAGGUUGGUGGAUAAUGAUAGAUGCUGCCGUGGUUUACCCCAAGCCAGAACAAAUGAACCACGCAUUCCAUACCUGUGGGGUGUUCUCAACACUAGCAUUUUUCAUGAUAAAUGCUGUAUCAAAUGCACAGGUGAGAGGAGACAGCUACAGUGAUGGAUGUUUAGGAAGAACAGGUGCUCGUAUCUGGCUCUUCAUUGGCUUUAUGCUGAUGUUUGGUUCACUUAUUGCUUCAAUGUGGAUUCUUUUUGGAGCGUAUGUUACACAGAACACUAAUGUUUACCCUGGAUUAGCAGUGUUUUUCCAAAAUGCGUUGAUAUUUUUCAGUACUCUGAUCUACAAGUUUGGAAGAACAGAAGAGCUAUGGGGAUGAGAGAUCACGUAUAGCAUUGUCUGUUCCAUAAUUGCUAUGUUGUACUAUGUAUGUAGGUAUAUUUACAUUUAUUUGUUCUUGUUUUGCUUUCUAAAUUGUAUGAACUGAGACAAAUUACAGUUUCUGUAAUAAGCUCCCUCUUUUCACAGGACAGAUUUGUGAAUAUGUACAUAUGACUGUAUAUAUCUUAAAAAGGGAAUGUCGGGCUUGAUUUCUGAAAUCUUCAGGCUUAUUUCUCCAAAUACAUGGGUUUCCAUCAACUCCUAAGACUUGAUCUUCCAAACCUUGACAUGUGUCAGAGACUCCAGUGGAACUGUUAGUGACCAAAGCCCGUACCUGGUCAAAGGGGUUAGGACUUUUCUGCACAGGUGAGCUAGAGCCAGUUGUGCAAGGGCUGUCAGCAAGGGCUGCCUGUGGAACCUGAAGG